UGAGAAAUUUGAAUAAUCUGAACAUUCUGAAUCAUCCCCUACUUUCCAAACAGUGACCACAAACAUGGCUGAAAUGUAUUUAUCACCUUUUGAAGCAGUGGUUUCGUUUUCUUUUUGAUGUAUUCUACUCAUGGCAGUGAAUGUCACAUCCGCACUUCUUGCUGAGCAUAAAGCCAGAGAAGAGCUUUGUUCAGUGUCAGCUUCAGUUCAGCCUGAAAACUUUUCCAUUAGCUUCACUUCAGAUAAGAGCUUCUCUUAAGCAAGGCAUUCCAAGCAACAUAUUAUGUUUCCUUCCCAGAUACUCUGCCCUUUAUAGAAUAUAGACAAAUGAUGGAAGGAAACAGAAAAUAUAGCUCCAGUCCCUCCAGUUACAGUUCAUUGCCAUGAAAAGGAGGAUAUGAUAGUUUGCCCUAUGAAACAGGUUUAUAUGUGAAAUCUGGCAGGUAGCACAACGACCUGUGGAAUAUGAGUGAUGACAAACCCUUUUUAUGUACUGCCCCUGGAUGUGGCCAGCGUUUUACCAAUGAGGAUCAUUUGGCUGUCCAUAAACAUAAACAUGAGAUGACACUGAAAUUUGGUCCGGCUCGUAAUGAUAGUGUCAUUGUGGCUGAUCAGACACCAACACCAACUCGAUUCUUGAAGAACUGUGAAGAAGUGGGCUUAUUCAAUGAAUUAGCAAGUCCUUUUGAAAAUGAGUUUAAAAAGGCUUCUGAAGAUGACAUUAAGAAAAUGCCUCUAGAUCUGUCUCCUCUUGCAACACCGAUUAUAAGAAAUAAAAUUGAAGAACCUUCAGUUGUAGAGACAACUCAUCAAGAUAGUCCUUUACCUCAUCCAGAGUCUACUACCAAUGAUGAAAAGGAAGUGUCACUGCAGCAGACUGCACAGCCUACAUCAACAAUAGUUCGUCCAGCAUCGCUACAGGUUCCUAAUGUACUGCUUACGAGUUCUGACUCAAGUGUUAUUAUUCAGCAGGCAAUACCAUCACCAACUUCUAGUACUGUUAUCACCCAAGCUCCAUCAUCUAACAGACCAAUAGUUCCAGUUCCAGGUCCUUUUCCUCUGCUGUUACAUCUUCCUAAUGGACAAACCAUGCCUGUUGCUAUUCCUGCAUCUAUCACAAAUUCUAAUGUGCAUGUCCCUGCUGCAGUUCCACUUGUUAGACCUGUCACCAUGGUGCCUAGUAUCCCAGGAAUCCCAGGGCCUUCCUCCCCACAGCCAGUGCAGUCUGAGGCUAAAUUGAGAUUGAAAGCAGCCUUGACCCAGCAGCACCCUCAGGUAACAAAUGGAGAUACUGCCAAGGGACAUGCAAGUGGGUUGGUUAGGACUCAGUCAGAGGAACCACGGCCACAGUCACUACAACAGCCUGCAACUUCAACAACUGAAACACCGGCAUCACCAGCUCAGCCUACGCCACAAACACCAAAUACAGGCGGUCGGCGAAGAAGAGCUGCCAAUGAAGACCCUGAUGAGAAAAGGAGAAAGUUCCUGGAGAGAAACCGGGCUGCUGCUUCCAGGUGCCGACAGAAACGGAAAGUCUGGGUGCAGUCAUUGGAGAAAAAAGCUGAGGACCUGAGCUCACUAAAUGGCCAGUUACAGAAUGAAGUCACCCUGCUGAGAAAUGAAGUGGCACAGCUGAAACAGCUUCUUCUGGCUCAUAAAGAUUGCCCUGUAACUGCCAUGCAGAAGAAAUCUGGCUAUCAUACUGCAGAUAAGGAUGACAGCUCGGAAGACAUCUCUGUGCCCAGCAGCCCGCACACAGAAGCGAUCCAGCACAGCUCUGUCAGCACUUCCAACGGCGUCAGCUCCACGUCCAAGGCGGAGGCGGUGGCCACCUCGGUGCUCACGCAGAUGGCGGACCAGAGCACGGAGCCCGUGCUGUCCCAGAUCGUCCUGGCGCCUCCCUCCCAGGCCCAGCCGUCAGGAAGUUGAUUAAAAACUUGCGUUGCAUCAGUUUCUUAGAUACACAUCUGUGACUUUAAAGGGAAACCAACAACAGACCAGUCUCCAUCUAGGAGAAAUUGUAGCUUAAAUUUUUAAAAAUCCAACUUAAAUUUGGCUUUAAUGAUUGGCAGGUGGAAAUAAGACAGAACACCAGUUCUAGUCUCUUUGCAAAAGACUUUUUUUUUUAAGUAUUAGUUUUACUAGUUCUAUUUUGUGCUUAAUGUGUAAAGUGUGUGUACAGUACAAUGUGGUUUAUUUCAUUUUUAAUUUGGUAUUAUUUUAACAAACAUUGGGGUGAAUUACUGAAGGUCAUCCCCAAGACUGUGAUAGGAAUAUUAUGUGACAUUUUUAUACCAAAGUUCUGCAUAGUCCCUAUUGACUUUGUAAAGUUAGCAAGGUCAUAAAGCACUAGGCAAGAGAAAGACGGUAACAGUAAAUUUGCUUUUAGUCUUUUUGCCUUUUUGUUGUUUUGCACAUUAUGAGAGGAAGAACAUUGGAAGAAAAACAUUUGGGUUUUUUAUGUAUAGCAUUUUGGUUGGCUUUUAACUGUUGGGGUUUUUCAUUUGUUUAAUAGGGCCAGUACAGUAUAUGAGAUACAGUACUUAUGCACAUACCAAUCCUAGAUGAGGAUCAUUACUAAAUAGAUUUGAUUCUUUUUUUUUUUUUUUUAAUGGAUGUCAAGUGGUUUUUUUCCCACUACCAACACUUGAUUCUGGUGGGAGGAGAGCUUUAAUUCUCCAGUCAGAAUAGAUACCUAAAACCACCCCUUGUUGCUAGGCUGAAACGAGUAAGCAUAUUGUAAAAUACAGGGUUAUCUAAUAUGGAAUACUUGUUAUUCCAAAGUAGGCUGAUAUUUUGUGGAUUUUUGAGUCGCAGACUAAGGAGUUUACUCAUGAUUUUGGAUGCCAGAAAAGCCUAAAAUCCUUCUUCAGACAACUCGACUUUUUUUUGUCAUUGUCUUGUAUUUGCAAGCUAACUUGUACUUAAUUCUUGUGUAAGCACUGUCAUCUUUUAGUAGCAAAAAUUUUGAUACCUUUCUUGUGGAAAAAAAAAAUCAGUAUCUACCGUAUCUUGGAAACAAUGUAAUUAUAAUGUGGUGUGUGUGGUGUGUGUGUGAGAAUGGUUCAGUAGUUAAUGCCAGCAGUCUUUUGCUUGAAUGUUUAAAGAUGCCUUCAAUGUGAUGCUGGCUGAUAGGUGAUUGCAGUUUUAAAAUGUUAUUUACUGUGCGAACUUGGAUAACUAACAUUCCAUGAUGUAGUUUGUUUCUGAUGAGAUGAUUGUAGGUACACUUUUUCUCAUUAUCCAAUCAUCUGUAGGAUAUUGAGUUUUUUAAAUGUGCCAUUAUCUAUUUUGAUUCUGUACUCAUGUUCAAAAUACAGUACAAUAUUUUACAAUAGAUUAAGUUGUUUUAAAAAAAGUAGAUGUGUGCUUUCAGGUCGGAAAACUUUGUAUAAUAGCAAAAACAGAUGCAUAGUAGCAACUGGCAGUAAAGCAGGAUUCCAUUAUGUAUAUAACAAAGAUUUAAUGCAUUUAUAAUGGGUUGUGUAGUUCAUUUGCUCUUCCUUCUCCACACUAUACCAUGCGUUUUUAAGUGUCGGUGCCAUCAAGUUUCUAUUUGGUUCAGUUUUAAAUCUAAAAAUGUAAUUGAUCCACAGGAAAAUAUAAUUUCUGCAAUAUAUAUACAACCAUACUGUAAUGAAAACUGGACAAAGAAGUAUCUAAGUCAUAUAUGUAUCAUUGCAGGGCUUUAAGCAUGAAAAUAUUAAGGAUUCUAAAUAUUUUGUAUUUUAAAACUAAGAAAGUUGUGUUGAUAACCUCAUGUGUUUACAAGUCUUGCUUUCCCAAUUUCAAGAUAAAAAGCUGUAACAGUUACUGAACGUUUCCAGGAUGGUUAAAUACAAUGGACCUCUUGUGAGAAAGAAAUUAAUUGCAAAGGCACAAAAUGUGAAUUCUGCAAGAAAGCUCUACAGUCACUUUUCAUUGUAGUUUUGGUGGACUAGAUGUGGCCUCAUUGAUUAUACUAUAAUUUGCUCUCCUAAACACAAAGGCUUCUAAAUCAUAUAAAUGGAGUUUUUUUUAUAACAAAACUGUUGCGCUUGUAAAAUAAGUCUACAUAAGUGUAUAGGAGAUGUGUAAACAGUUAAUGAUUUUAACAGUGGGGCUGGAAAAAGAACCAUUAAAAUCUGUGUUCAGCAAAUAGAGAAAAGGUAUUAGCCGUACUACCAUGGAUUCCGUUAUGAGACGUUGUCACACUACUUCUGUACUUAGCAUUUUGGGUCUUUACAUUUGACAUGUUUCACAAACUGUACUGUUUUCUUUUAUGUGCAGUUUGCAUGAGUAAAUCAUCAAAGAGAAUAAAAUCUAUCUUUAAGUUAUGUUCCUAUUUUAAUGAAAUUAUAAUUGUUCUAAAAGGCAG